AUGAAUAUAAUUAGAGAAAACAGAGAUCUGGCUUGUUUCUACACAACAAAACAUUCAUGGAGGGGAAAGUACAAGCGAGUGUUUUCUGUUGGAACUCAUGCCAUCACCACCUACAAUCCCAACACGCUAGAAGUUACAAAUCAGUGGCCUUAUGGAGAUAUCUGUAGUAUUUCUCCUGUUGGAAAAGGACAAGGAACAGAAUUUAGUCUCACUUUUCGCAAGGGGAGCGGGAAAAAGUCUGAAACUCUGAAGUUCUCCACAGAACACAGAACAGAACUCCUUACUGAGGCGCUGAGAUUCAGGACAGACUUCUCAGAAGGCAAAAUCACAGGACGGAGGUACAACUGCUACAAACAUCACUGGAGUGACACAAGGAAGCCUGUGAUUCUGGAAGUAACUCCUGGAGGUAUUGACCAAAUAGAUCCUGCAACAAACAAAGUCCUGUGCUCCUAUGACUACAGAAACUUUGAAGGCUUUGUUGAUAUUACUGGCUAUCAGGGCGGCUUCUGUAUCCUCUAUGGGGGAUUUAGUAGAUUGCACUUGUUUGCAUCUGAGCAGAGGGAGGAAAUUAUCAAAAGUGCAAUAGAGCAUGCUGGCAACUUCAUAGGUAUUUCUCUGCGGGUAAGGAAGGAGGCCCUGGAGUUUGAGCAGUACUUGAACCUUCGCUUUGGGAAGUACAGCAAUGAUGAGUCCGUGACAUCGUUAGCAGAGUUUGUUGUUCAGAAAAUAACACCCCGACAUGUGGAGCCUGUGAAAAGAGUGCUAGCUCUUACAGAAGCUUGCCUAGUUGAGCGGGAUCCAGCUACCUAUAACAUUGCAACUUUGAAACCUUUAGGCGAGGUGUUUGCCAUAGUGUGUGACUGUGAAAACCCUCAGCUUUUUACCAUUGAGUUUAUCAAAGGGCAAAUUCGGAAAUACUCUUCAACAGAAAGAGAUUCUCUCCUGGCUAGCUUGUUGGAUGGGGUGAGAGCUUCUGGUAACAGAGAUGUCUGUGUGAAAAUGACCUCAACACAAAAAGGCCAGCGCUGGGGAUUGCUCAGCAUGCCGGUAGAUGAAGAAGUAGAGAGCCUCCAUCUGAGGUUUUUAGCUGCUCCUCCAAAUGGUAACUUUGCAGAUGCUGUGUUCAGGUUCAAUGCUAACAUUUCCUACAGUGGGGUGCUACAUGCAGUUACACAAGAUGGUCUGUUCUCAGAGAACAAGGAGAAGCUCAUCAAUAAUGCCAUAACAGCACUGCUCUCACAGGAGGGAGAUGUGGCAGCAUCUAACGCAGAGCUUGAAAGCCAGUUCCAAGCAGUAAGACGACUAGUGGCUUCAAAAGCAGGCUUCCUUGCCUUCACUCAGCUCCCAAAAUUUCGAGAACGAUUAGGAGUGAAGGUUGUGAAAGCUCUCAAAAGGAACAAUGAUGGAGUAACCCAUGCCUCUAUCGACAUGCUUUGUGCUCUUAUGUGUCCCAUGCACGAUGACUACGACUUGAGGCAGGAGCAGUUGAACAAAGCUUCCCUUCUUUCUUCAAAGAAGUUUCUAGAAAAUCUACUGGAGAAGUUCAAUUCCCAUGUGGAUCAUGGGACAGGUGCCCUAGUAAUUAGUUCGCUUCUGGACUUUCUGACGUUUGCCCUGUGUGCUCCGUAUAGUGAGACUACUGAGGGGCAGCAGUUUGACAUGUUGUUGGAAAUGGUGGCAUCUAAUGGAAGAACACUAUUUAAGCUCUUCCAGCACCCUUCCAUGGCAAUUGUGAAAGGAGCAGGUUUGGUAAUGAAGGCAAUAAUAGAGGAAGGAGACAAAGAGAUUGCUACCAAAAUGCAAGACCUUGCCCUCAGUGAAGGUGCCUUACCUCGUCACUUGCACACAGCUAUGUUUACAAUAAGCACAGAUCAGAGGAUGCUUACCAAUAGGCAGUUAAGUAGACAUUUGGUCGGCCUCUGGACAGCUGAGAACAGAACUGCUAUGAACUUGUUGAAACGUAUUUUGCCACCAGGUCUCCUGGCAUACCUUGACAGUGCUGAUCCGGUUCCUGAGAAAGAUGCUGACAGGAUGCAUGUUAGAGAUAACCUAAAAAUUGCAACUGAUCAGUAUGGCAAGUUUAAUAAGGUGCCAGAGUGGCAGAGACUGGCUGGAAAAGCUGCAAAAGAAGUUGAAAAAUUUGCCAAAGAGAAGGUGGAUCUGGUCUUGAUGCACUGGAGAGACAGAAUGGGCAUAGCUCAAAAAGAGGACAGAAACAAUAUGAAUGUUCUUCAGAAGCCAGUGAUACUGAGGAAACGACGCCAAAGAAUAAAAAUAGAAGCAAACUGGGAUCUCUUCUACUACAGGUUUCUUCAGGAUCAUGCUAGAUCAAACUUGAUUUGGAACUUCAAAACACGGGAAGAACUGAGAGACACUCUUGAGUCUGAGAUGAGAGCAUUUAAUAUUGACAGAGAACUCGGCAGUGCUAAUGUUAUCUCAUGGAACCAUCAGGAGUUUGAGGUGAAAUAUGAGUGCCUUUCUGAGGAAAUAAAGAUAGGGGAUUAUUAUCUAAGACUGCUGCUGGAAGAAGAUGAAACUGAAGAAAGUGGAGCAAUCAAAAAAUCAUAUGAAUUCUUCAAUGAGCUCUACCACCGCUUUUUGCUUACCCCAAAAGUGAACAUGAAAUGCUUGUGUCUGCAAGCACUGGCCAUUGUUUAUGGAAGAUGUCAUGAAGAAAUAGGACCAUUUUCUGAUACCAAGUACAUUGUUGGGAUGUUGGAAAGGUGCACUGACAGGCUUGAGCGGGACAGGUUGAUACUGUUUCUCAACAAGCUGAUCCUCAACAAGAAAAAUGUGAAGGACCUGAUGGAUUCCAAUGGCAUUAGAAUACUUGUAGAUCUGCUUACUCUGGCACAUCUUCACACGAGCAGAGCUACAGUCCCUCUGCAGAGCAACGUGAUUGAGGCAGCACCUGAUAUGAAGAGGGAGAGCGAGAAGGAGUGGUACUUUGGGAAUGCUGACAAAGAAAGGAGUGGGCCUUACAGCUUUCAAGAGAUGCAGGAGUUAUGGAACAGUGGAAAGCUCACUUCAAAAACGCGUUGCUGGGCCCAGGGUAUGGAUGGCUGGCGACCGUUGCAGGUCAUCCCUCAGCUGAAGUGGUGCCUGCUUGCCAGUGGGCAGCCUGUGUUGAAUGAGACUGACCUUGCCACGCUUGUACUCAACAUGCUCAUCACAAUGUGUGGAUACUUUCCCAGCAGGGAUCAAGACAACGCUAUCAUAAGACCUCUGCCUAGAGUGAAAAGGCUGUUGUCAGAUGGUACCUGCCUUCCUCAUAUCACUCAGCUACUGCUGACCUUCGAUCCCAUCCUUGUGGAGAAAGUGGCUAUAUUGCUGCUCCAUGUCAUGCAGGACAACCCUCAGCUGCCGAGGUUUUACCUGAGUGGAGUGUUUUUCUUCAUCAUGAUGUACACAGGUUCCAAUGUGCUGCCUAUUGCAAGGUUUUUGAAAUACACACAUACAAAACAAGCUUUCAAGUCUGAAGAAACUAAAGGUCAAGAUAUAGUCCAAAGAAGUAUACUUGGACAUGUUCUUCCUGAAGCAAUGGUGUGUUACUUAGAAAACUAUGAACCUGAAAAAUUUUCUGAGAUAUUCCUUGGAGAGUUUGACACUCCAGAAGCAAUUUGGAGCAAUGAAAUGAGGCGUCUUAUGAUAGAGAAGAUUGCUGCUCAUCUUGCUGACUUCACCCCUCGCCUUCAAAGCAACACAAGAGCACUCUACCAGUACUGCCCCAUCCCAGUCAUCAACUACCCACAGCUGGAAAAUGAGCUCUUCUGCAACAUUUAUUACCUCAAGCACCUCUGUGAUACACUCCGAUUUCCAGACUGGCCCAUUAAAGAUCCGGUUAAGCUGUUGAAAGACACACUAGAAGCUUGGAAGAAGGAAGUAGAAAAGAAGCCACCUACCAUGUCAAUAGAUGAUGCUUAUGAAGUCCUUAACCUUCCCAAAGGACAAGGCCAGCAUGAUGAAAGCAAGAUCAGGAAGGCUUACUUCAGGCUGGCACAAAAAUACCACCCAGACAAGAAUCCAGAAGGCAGGGAUAUGUUUGAAAAAGUGAAUAAAGCAUACGAGUUUCUAUGCACAAAGUCUGCCAAGGUGAUAGAUGGGCCCGACCCAGAAAACAUCAUUUUGAUCUUAAAAACUCAAAGCAUCCUCUUCAACAGGCAUAAGGAAGAGCUGAAACCAUACAAGUAUGCAGGCUACCCUAUGCUGAUUAAGACUAUCACCAUUGAAACAUCAGAUGACCUUUUGUUUUCCAAAGAAUCUCCUCUCCUGCCUGCUGCUACAGAGCUUGCUUUCCACACUGUCAAUUGCUCAGCAUUAAAUGCAGAAGAAUUGAGAAGAGAAAAUGGAAUUGAGGUGUUGCAGGAAGCGUUCAAUCGCUGUGUGGCAGUACUGACUCAUUCUAGUAAACCAGAUGAUAUGUCUGUGCAGGUCUGUGGAUACAUCAGUAAGUGCUACAGUGUGGCUGCGCAGUUUGAGGAAUGCAGAGAGAAGAUUACAGAAAUGCCUAACAUCAUUAAGGACCUCUGCAGACUGCUGUAUUAUGGCAAGAACAUACCACGAGUAGCUGCUUUGGGAGUAGAGUGUGUUAGCUCCUUUGCCUUGGAUUACUGGCUACAAACACACUUGUUCCAAGCUGGAGUCCUCUGGUACUUACUGGGUUACCUCUUCAACUAUGACUACACGCUGGAGGAGAGCGGCAUCCAGAAAAGUGAGGAUUCCAAUCAGCAGGAGGUAGCAAAUAGCCUUGCUAAGCUUAGUCUCCUGGCCUUGAGUCGCCUUGGAGGGUAUCUCUCUGAAGAACAAGCAACACCUGAAAACCCAACCAUCAGGAAAAGCUUGGCUGGGAUGUUGACACCCUACGUUGCAAGGAAACUCGCUGUGCUCAGUCCUGCUGAGACUCUGAAGACACUUAACAGUAACACAGAGAACCCCUACUUGAUCUGGAACAAUGGAACAAGAGCUGAAUUACUUGAGUUUUUGGAAUCUCAGCAAGACAGCAUGAUUAAGAGAGGUGACUGUGACAAGAGCUAUGGAUCUGACUUUGUCUUCAGUGACCAUGCAAAGGAACUUAUCGUCGGAGAGAUUUUUGUAAGGGUCUACAAUGAGGUCCCUACCUUCCAGCUAGAGCUCCCUAAAGCAUUUGCUGCAAGCCUCUUGGAUUACAUAGGCUCACAAGCCCAGUACCUUCAUACACUAAUGGCAAUAACACAGACUGGGAAAGUGGAGUCCAAUCAACAUGGAGAUCGGUUACGCAGAGUUGAGAUGGCCCUGGAGGCUCUGAGAAACGUGAUAAAGCACAACCCAGGUUCUGAGUGUGAAUGCAUAGGGCACUUUAAGUUGAUAUUUUCCCUCCUGCGUGUUCAUGGAGCUGGCCAGGUGCAGCAGUUGGCUCUGGAGGUAGUAAACAUAGUAACCAGUAACCAGGAAUGUGUUAACAACAUUGCUGAGUCAAUGGUCCUGGCUAACCUGCUGGCACUCCUGCAUUCCUUACCUUCAAGUCGGCAACUUGUCCUUGAGACUUUGUACGCAUUGACAUCGAGCACAAAGAUCAUCAAAGAGGCCAUGGCAAAAGGUGCUUUAAUCUACUUACUGGAUAUGUUUUGCAACUCAACUCACCCACAGGUCCGAGCCCAAACAGCUGAGCUCUUUGCCAAAAUGACUGCAGAUAAGCUGGUGGGUCCAAAGGUCAGAAUUACACUAAUGAAAUUUUUACCUGGAGUCUUCAUGGAUGCCAUGAGAGACAGCCCUGAAGCUGCUGUUCAUAUCUUUGAGGGGACUCAUGAAAAUCCUGAGUUAAUUUGGAAUGACAGCUCCAGGGAGAGAGUGUCAACAACAGUUCGAGAAAUGAUGCUUGAGCACUUUAAACUGCAGAGGGACAACCCUGAGACUAACUGGAAGCUGCCUGAAGACUUUGCUGUGGUGUAUGGUGAGGCAGAAGGUGAACUUGCAGUGGGGGGAGUCUUCCUAAGGAUUUUUAUCGCCCAGCCGGCCUGGGUUUUACGGAAACCACGAGAAUUCCUCAUUGCCCUGCUGGAAAAACUCACGGAACUACUGGAGAAGAAUAACCCCCAUGGGGAGACGCUGGAAACCAUCACCACCGCGACCGUGUGCCUGUUCAGCGCGCAGCCCCAGCUGGCUGACCAGGUCCCCCCGCUGGGCCACCUGCACAAGAUCAUCCAAGCCAUGAGCCACAGGAACAGCGCUGUUCCCAAAAGUGCCAUUCGUGUCAUGCACAUCCUGGCUGACAAUGAGCUGUGUGUCCGGGCGAUGGCGUCACUGGAGACCAUUGGCCCCCUGAUGAACGGCAUGAAGAAGAGGUCGGACAUUGUGGGCAUAGCCUGUGAAGCACUUAACCGCAUGUUCCAGAGGGAGCAGAGUGACCUGGUAGCCCAGGCUUUGAAAGCAGAUUUGGUCCCAUACCUUCUAAAGCUUCUUGAAGGUGUUGGCCUUGAGACCCUGGAAAGCCCAUCUGCAACAAAAGCUCAGAUUGUGAAAACACUGAAGUCCAUGUCCCGCAGCCUGCAGUAUGGAGAGCAGGUGAAUGAAAUUCUGUCUCGUUCCUCUGUCUGGAGUGCCUUCAAGGAUCAGAAACAUGACUUGUUCAUUUCUGAGACACAAACAGCAGGAUACCUCACAGGCCCUGGAGUUGCAGGUUACCUUACUGCAGGGACAACUUCCUCUGUAAUGCCCAGCGUACCACCCCCGGUAGACCACGAGGUGGGAGACAUCAGCUAA